GCUGUCUUGUCGAUUGGUCUGGCCUUGUCACAUCUAAGAUAAUGACUGUAUAGCAGUAAAUACAUGGAAAACCAGAUAGCGAUUAAAUAAACCAUGAGCUCGAAGCCACAGACUCCUCGUGUGGUCAAACCGCGAGCCAAACGGGCAUGUAUCACCUGCAACGCCAGACGAGUCCGAUGCAAUGUCACGGAAAAACAGCCAUGCGACAAUUGCCGGACUGCGGGGACGCAUUGCGAGAUCGGGGUGUCGAGGAGGGGGAAAUAUCCUCGCUACAUUGUAAGCCCUCAUCCAAACUCCAUCCCUCCUCGUCCACAGGAUGAGUCUGGGACGACGAAUCGCGAUGUGAUGGGCAUAAAACGCGACAUCCUCUCACCCGACAGCCCCAACAGCACGCCCUUCACAACGCGCAGUGCGCAAAUAAAAAGCGAGCUUGAACAGACCAUCUUCUUCGGCGAAUCAAGCCCAUUAACAUGCGUUGUCGAAGAAGGGUCUCGACCGCCCGAACCCGGCAGUGACAACAACAACACAUCCGGACAUGCCAGCAAGCGACGCUGGCAGUAUCCAAUCCCCGAAGUAGUCUGUCGACGAUCCGUCAGCUUCUCGCUCUUCGCGAGCCGGCGAGCACGGAAAAUCGAGCAAUUGACGCGCGAAGGCGCGUUUGAUUUUCCGGAGCCUGCCGUGUGUGAGAUGCUUCUGCAGGCCUAUUUUGAAUGGUUUCAUCCCUGUUUCCCGAUCGUGGAUCGUGUGGAGAUUAGCAAAUCGUGUAACGACAAGACGAUAUCGCCGCUGUUACUGCAAUCUAUGCUGUUCAUUGGCGCGAGUCUAUGUAGUGACAACGCCUUGCGGGAGGCUGGCUUUCGGGAUCGGUAUGAGACCAAGUUCUUGUUUUAUGACCGGGGAAAGGAGAUUUUUGAUGCAGACUGUGAAACGGAUUCGUUGUCGAAGUUGCAGGCGGUGUUUUUGUUGAGCUUUUGGCGGAGUACCCCGGGGCAUGAGAAGGAUACUAGGUAUUGGUUGGGGGCUGCUAUUAGUCUUGCGCAGACGGGGGGCUUGCAUAUGUUGUCAAAAUUAUCUCUUCUCAGUUCGAAAGAGAAGAGGGUGCGGAAACGGAUAUUCUGGUCUCUUUAUAUUCGCGAUCAACAAGUUGCCGCGGCAUAUGGCCUGCCGGCCCGUAUACGAGACGAAGACUGCGACAUUCCAAUGCUGGAUGGGACAGACUUUGAAGAGGAAGGCGUCGUUGAAAAUAAGUCCGUAUUUGGAGAACAGAAACCCGAGCAUGCCUCUUAUAUGAUUCAAAUGGCACGAGCUGCCAGGCUGCUUAGAGAGGUUGUCUGGGCAGCCUAUCUCCCCGGCCAGCUACGCUACGAACAAGCCGAACGCGAACGUCUCAAAGAGCGCAUCAUGAAAUGGGAAUCCGACUUGCCAGCAGAACUGAAACUCCAAGAGGCUACUGAGCGAGGGACGAUGUAUUUUGCCGGAAUCGUCAAUAUCACACACAAUUAUCUGUAUAUACUACUAUAUCGCCCCUCCUUUCUGGACUCCUCCUCCGACGAACAGAAGAAAAAAGAAGGCAGGAUGGCGCUGCAAGCAGCCUGUCAGUGUACGCGAAUUCUAGAAGAUAUGCUAUCGCAGAAUCUAAUCGAGCACGGGAUGCUGCACUUAAUUACAAACAUAUUCGCCGCGUUGUGUAUCCAUACAGUCCACUUCUCGCGCGCCGACGGCACAGAACGCAAACUCGCCGAGCACCGUGCCAAGUUGUGUCUGCUGGGGCUGAAAGAGCUGCAAAAGUCGUGGGAUUUGAACUACUGGGUGCUCGAAAUUUUCUUCCACUGUCUGGACGAAAGCACGGCCGAAUAUUUACAGUUAUCGGAAGAGAAGAAUGGUACUACCAUCAUACCCAGUAUUACUACGAACGCAACAUCGGGGUCCACAGAUACCAGCCCCUCCAAGCAAUUUGUCCGAAAUAUCCAGUUGUUCCCAGAUACUCUAACGCAGGCAUCCUCGACAACAGUGUUGUCAGACGAGCCACAGCAGACCCAGAACCAGCAGGAAGAAGAGCUGAACGAGGAGCGGUGGUCUGAAAUGACGCCGUUGUCUCCGCCCAGCAACGAGGUUGACAUUGACCUGUCAGAACCGUUCCUUUUCGACGAGGAGUUUGCGCGAAACUUUGGGUCGUGCACGCCGCGGCUGGAUGCGCUGAAUUCGUCGAAUUUGGACUUUUUAUACCGAUAUUUGUAGCACGGCAUAUAUCAAUAUACAAAACAAUAUCAAUUGAUGGCUUGUUGCCACUUUCGCAUGACCAGCAGAUUUAUAGUAGGCUGGCCAUACCAUGGUUUCCUUCCACAUUCUAGUAAGCGUAAAUCAUAAUCAAGACAGUGACGACAAUGGCAAAUAUCAAGUGGCGUAUCGAACACCAAACCAAUCACAU